GCGUCUUCGUUUCCCCUCUUAACGAAUGCAACCCCUUGAGGUUCUUUGAAAUACAUCGCUGUAUACUCGUUGCUCGAGGAGCGAGAACGGUAUGCAAAGUUUCCCUUGCCCUCACAGUGAUUGCGACCGCUCCUACCCGACGAAGAACUCCCUGGCACGACAUGUCCACAAUCAUCGCGAAGCGGAUCAUGAAUGUGACCUUUGCGGGGUCAAGUUCCGGCGACGGGACAUUCUCCUUCGUCACCGGAAGAUCCAUACGGGUUCGAAGACUCUAGGGGAGCCUGCGAACCCGGACGCGAACCUCAGAAAGAGACGGAGAUGUCAUACCGCUUGUCAAUUGUGUCGAAAAGCGCGGUCAAAGUGUGACGGCGAGCAGCCGUGCUCGACAUGCAGAGCGGCCGAAAAGGAAUGCGAAUACGAUCACAAUACCCUUCGAUUAAGCCAUAAGCCACUUCUAAGUGCUGACGCCGAGUCAUCACCGAAUUAUAGAGGAAUUCCAGGCGAUGAUACCGUACCCGUCCCGUCAGGUGCAGACCCACGGAUCCUGCCGCAGCUAGAGCCUCACGGAGUGUCUUCCUCAACUUGGCAGCAAAUUCCUAUCCAAGAGCAAAGUUACGUCCCGGAUGUGGAAGCGCCUAUGAAAACUGUGGAUCGUCGAGUCGAUACCCACGCGAUCGCAUCAGAGCAGCUGGUGAACUCAUCAGCGUUGAACGGUCAGCAGACUGUGGGCGGCUACAACGGUGGUUUCGACGAAGCCACACUGAUUGAAUCGUCCCUUGAAACCCCACACUGGCAAUGGAUGCAUGAAGACAUGUUUCUCCAGACAAACCCCUCUUCGGUAUGGUUGACCGAAUACUCCCAGCAACGUUUCCCUCCCAACGCACUACCGCAACCGGGUUCAAUGAGUAUGGAUCACGCAGCAGCGCCGGUCAUGCAGUUACCAUCCCCUCCGACCACAAUCGGGUGGUCCAAUACCGCCCAAGCUGUUCAGAAUCAGUCAAACUUUCCCGAUGUCCCAGGACCGGCACAUCCCAACCAAGCCCGAGGCUCACCGUUUACUCAUGGACCUCGCGACAAGCUCGAUCAUCACGGAGUCGAUGCGAUCCUGAAGGUUGCCCAGGCAUCUAGUUCCCAAAGUGAUGUUGUCAGGGACAUGGUCGAUUACGCGAAGAAAGUUGGUAUCAAUUCUGCUGUGCAUGACGCCAAUCAUGGCGAGUUCUGGCGUAUGAUUUCCGCCCGCGUCGAUGAAGCCUUCUUCCCUGGUGUAACGUCCAGAGAAGGACCGUUCACAUUGCAUCGGUUUAUCGACCUUUACUUCGCGCACUUUCAUCUACUCUGGGUUUUGAUUGUCAAUCCCCAUAAGAUUGAUUUCAAUACGCUACACCCGAUCAUCUACCUCACUCUGGCCUCCAUUGGAGGCAUGUAUGAUGGCAAUCAAGGAGCUACAUGCGGUGCUCUCUUACACGAAGCCCUCCGUGGAGUGCUUACUGCUAAUCCAGCCCAGUUUGCGGAAAGCGAACCAGAGCCUCUUUGGCUAGUGCAGGCUCUUGUUCUCACGCAGCUGGCCGCAGUGUACUUCGGACACCGACGUGCAUUUUCGGCUGCACAACAUAUUGGGUGUAUUCUGUUCACGCAAUCGCGACGAAUGAAUCUAUUUUCCGCCCGCCGCUAUCGACGGAAACACAUUGAAGCCAUGCGCAGGGCUCAAAGUAUUGAACAGCGGCGCAAGAUAUGGAUCACAUUAGAAUCCAAAGUCCGACUUGCUUACGGCAUCUAUCGGGCGGAUAUCUAUCUGAGCGUACUGCUCAAUACUCGGCCUUUUAUGUCGCAUUCAGAGAUGGAAGUCGAGGUUGACGAAUAUGUCUUCAAUCCGGACAUUAUCAAUCGAAUGGAUGAACACAUCAAUAGCACCAUCCAUGAUCCGAACGCACUCAGACAUAAGCUAUUGUUCUCCGACCUUCUGCGGAUUGCCUUGGACCGAGAAGAACCCCUUCCUGCUCUUUCGCUACCGCAACAUGAAAUUCUCAUCUGGUCUCUGAAUGAGGACAUAUGGGAGUACUGCCAUGAUCCAUCGGCGGUCUCUAGGCUCACGGGUGUGCCUGCUGUCAUACCAGGCGGUCUCAGGCCACAGUUGAGCGCUCCUACUCGGCAACUCGAUUCCUCCAUUCCAUACAGCAGCGACGCACAUUCAUUCCAGCGGAGCGAACGCCCCCCGAACACUCCAUACAUCCAUGAUGAGCCGAUAGGUUACUCGAGGCGUACAAUGGGUGAUCUUCGAUCUUCAUCUGAUCGAUUAUUUGCUGCUCUAACCAAAUGGGAGCGAUCUUUUGUUGUUGUAUCACAGGACCCUGUGCAACAGGAGCGGUUCCGAGACAAAGUUGUUGUUAGUCUCCUCUUGUACCACCUCACAUACAUCCGCUUAAAUGCGCCAAUUGAGAGCCUUCAUCAGAUCUGCUACAGCCUCGAGGAUCGCGAGGGUGGUGGCAGGAUGCCCGAUGGCUCCGCUCCACGCAGCCGUCAACCGUCAGGGGCAGGACUAUCGUCAACCGGGCAUGGACACCCGGCCCGCUCCCCUGACGGCGAGCUCCUUGCAGCGCUAUCUAUGUGGUUGGCGUCAGGCCAGGCAGAGAUCGCUGUCGAGCAUGCCUGUCAGAUUUGGGCUAUUAUCGCUAAAGAACUGACUCGACCCACCCACCAGCGUGCCAAACUGAACCUCAUGGCGUUCAUAGGACUCCAUCAUUCCGGGGCAGUCGUAUGGUCGUGGUCACUCGGAAAGAAACGAGAGAAUACCUCAGGCCCGCCGGACCACUUGACAUCUCCGAGCCUGGAUCAAGGACAAGUCCUGGGCAGGCACUGGCAGUUCACCAGUGAUGCAAAGGCAUCUCAAUGGCCCUUGUCCGCACCGACCCGAAAUCUUGUGCUUCCCGUCGGUAAGAUAGCCGCUGAGGUUUCCGAAGGGAAAGACGGGGCGGCGGCAGUGAGGGUCAUCGCCGCCCUUGCUGAAUCCCCAAAUAGCACAGCAGAAUCUUCUGCCAGCCGGAGUACCAUGGACGGCCCUUCGUCGGCAAGAUAUCCGAACGCUGUUGGGCCACCAGGCACGGUGAUCAAAUCACAUGCUAUGCCAGCUGAUGUACAGAUGUGUCGAGAGGAGAUUCCAAGAUUGCUCGCGAGUUUCGCACGGCUUUACGAACAAGUAAACCCUGCAUGGGGUGUGCGAAGCUCUUUCGCGCAAGCCGCGUGGAGGUUGGCGAGAACAGAAGCGCCUAGCUGGUUUGGUUGAUACGAUACACGAACAUCAACGACUCUGGAGCAAAUGUUUACUUUCGGUUUUAUUCCCUGGGAGAUGGACGGAAAGGCGCAAUUUUGUUGUAACGACGAGUUCAGGCAAGAUACCCUUACGUUUAGAGGCUUGUAUUUGUCCAAACCCAACCACGAUUGCCAUUUAUACUCCUAUCGAGGCACCGAUCUUUCCCAUGCUCUCCACUCGAGUCUGUCUCUGGCCAUGGUAUACAAGUUCCGAGGCACCACGGCACCC